AUGAGCAUAGUAGGGAAGGAGAGAAUAGAAGUGAUUGCUCAGAGCAUCGGAAUUACGAACUUGUCCCCCGAUGUCGCUCUCUCCCUCGCUCCCGACGUCGAAUACCGCCUCCGCGACAUCAUGCAGGAAUCUAUCAAGUGCAUGCGCCACUCCCGCCGCACCACUUUAACCGCCGACGAUGUUGACAGCGCCCUCUCCUUGAACAUUGACAAGAGCUGGAUUACAAAGCCACGAGGUAGUGUAGAGUAUAGGGAUGGUUUGAAUAGAUUCCUUGACUUCGCAUUUGCCAAUUCAUCAUCCGAUGGGAUGAUACACUGUCCAUGCCCUUUGUGCGGGUUCCGAUUUUUCCAAACUAGAGAGGACGCCUACGAUCAUCUUCUAAUGAAACCCUUUCCCCCUAAUUAUACCUUCUGGUUACAUCACGGUGAGAGGAUAGUAGAUGAGAGACCCAACGGUAGGGAAGAACUAGAACCCACUGUAAAUUUAGGAGAUCAAAUUCGUGACAUGGUCCACGACGCAUUCAACUUGCCGGGACUGCAGAGUGAUGAUGAAGACUCGAUUAAUGGGCAUGUCGGAAACGUUGCGGAGGGGCUGCCGUUCAUAUCUGACGAACCUAGCCGCGAGGCUCGUGCCUUGCACGACUUGCUGGACGAUGGUGAGCAGGAAUUGUAUCCGGGAUGCUCAAAAUUCUCGAAGCUGUCUUUCUUGGUGAGGCUCUACCAUAUCAAGUGCAUGUGCGGAGUGAGUGACAAGGCUUUUGGUUUGAUUCUAGAGCUACUGGGGGAUGCCUUUGAGCACGCAGUGAUUCCGAAGACGUUGCACGAUGCCAAGAGAAUCAUAAGGAAGCUCGGUAUUGAGUAUAAGAAGAUAGAUGCAUGUCCAAAUGACUGCAUGCUGUAUCAGGGCUCCGAUCAAGACCUGUCUAGGUGCAAACAGUGUGGAGCAUCUAGGUGGAAGCAAAAGACUCGGAAGAAUUCCUUAGUAAGGAUCAAUGCCACUGUCAAAAAGAAUGGAAAGCCUCUGCCAGCGAAGAUUCUCCGCUACUUUCCUCUGAUUCCACGGUUGCAGCGAUUAUUCAUGUCCAGCAAGACAUCAGUGGACAUGUUGUGGCACAAGAGAGGAACCAAUUCUGACGGUUCCUUGAGGCAUCCCAGGGACGGCGAGGCUUGGAAAGCAUUUGACAGGAGAUAUACUGACUUUUCUGGCGACCCGCGCAGUGUUCGCUUAGCCCUGGCUAGUGAUGGCUUCAAUCCUUAUGGAAACCUCAGUUCAAAGUACUCAAUAUGGCCAGUGAUUCUUAUUCCGUACAACCUACCCCCAUGGAUUUGCAUGAAACAAACCAACUUUAUUCUCUCCAUGAUUAUUCCUAGUCCUAAAAUGCCUGGCAAUGACAUAGAUGUCUACUUACAGCCACUGAUCGAUGAGUUGAAGCAGUUGUGGGCCGGUGUUGAUACAUACGACGCCAGUGAGAAGAAAACAUUCAAGAUGCGUGCUGCGUUGAUGUGGACCAUCAGCGAUUUUCCUGGAUUGGGCAAUUUAUCUGGUUGGAAUACGUACGGCGGGAGAGCUUGCCCCACGUGCAAUCUGGACAUUGAGACUAGGCGACUCACCUUCAGUCAGAAAUGGUGUUUCAUGGGUCACCGUCGCUUCCUGAAUCACGAUCACAAAUAUAGACAGGACCGGAUUAGAUUUGAUGGAAAGGUAGAUUAUAGAUCCCCCCCUGUCAAACUCACUGGCCGGGAUAUCUUGAGACAGUUGGAGGGUGUGCCAGUCUCACACGGUAAGGUGCAAGCGGUGGGCGGUAAAAGAAGGCGCGUACAGCAGACCGGGGUACAAGACGAGUCUCCCUGGAAAAAGAGGAGUAUAUUCUUUGAUCUCCCAUAUUGGGAGAACAACGAAUUACGUCACAAUCUAGAUGUGAUGCACAUAGAGAAGAAUGUGUGUGACAACAUUGUGUUCACCAUGUUGAACGAGAGUGGUAAAUCCAAAGACCACCUAAAAGCUCGAAAAGAUCUCCAGUUGAUGGGAAUCAGGCAUGAUAUGUGGCCACUUGAAGGUGGAAAGUAUCCCUCUGCAGUCUUUACCAUGUCAAAUCCACAGAAGGAGGUAUUUCUUAGGACUAUCAAGAAUGUGGUCUUUCCAGACGGGUACUCUAGCAACAUCUCUCGAUGUGUUGAUUUAAAACAGCGCAAGUUAUCGGGCUUGAAGAGUCAUGACUGCCACAUUCUAAUGGAACAUCUCUUGCCAAUUGCGUUAAGGCAUGUAUUGCCCACCCAAGUGUCCGCUGUCUUGGCUCAGUUAUCAGCCUUUUUUCGACUAUUAUGCAGCAAAUGCAUAGAUCCUCGUCAACUACCUCUCCUUCAGGAUCGUGUGGUCCAUACUCUAUGCCACAUGGAGAUGAUAUUUCCACCUUCCUUUUUCACAGUCAUGGUUCAUCUAACGGUGCAUUUGGUCGAGGAGGCACGCCUCGGUGGCCCAGUGCAUUACCGGUGGAUGUACCCAAUUGAGAGGUACCUAUGCCGUCUGAAGCAGUACGUGCGUAAUAGGGCACAACCGGAGGGAUCUAUUGCAGAGGGCUACUUGUCAGAAGAGAUUAUGACGUUCUGUUCAAGAUAUCUAGAUAACGUUGAGACUAGGAUCAACCGACCAAGUCGGGUUGACGAUCGGCCGAGCGAUGCCCUGCCCAGUGAGGCUACCAGCAUGUUCCCAGAAGUUGGAAAGGCGGUCGGGGCUGCUUCAUUUUUUACUUUGACCCCCACUGAAAUUCUUCAGGCACAUCGUCAUGUACUGGUCAACUGCAUUGCCGUAGAGAAAUUCUUAGAUGAGUACAGAGCCAUCACAAAGAGAAAAAUGCGAAGCAGAACAAGGUCCCAGUCUCUUAUAGACAGUGCGGUGCACAGAGAAUUUCCCAACUGGUUUAGGCAUCAGGUCCCAUUUGGAAGCACCAGUCAUUCGAACGAGUUGCAAUGGCUUGCCUGUGGACCCCUUGCUCAGGCCAGACGCUAUCAAGCUUACAACGUCAAUGGAUUUAAAUUUAGAACCAUCUCGAGGGAGGAAGGGAUGAAAACACAAAAUAGCGGGAUUUAUGUCACUUCGGAUACUAGGAGUUAUGCAAGCAAACGGGAUGUCAAUGUUGCCGUCGGCGGUGUCUCGUACUACGGGAGAUUAGUAGACAUCAUCGAGCUAAAUUACAGUGGUCAGUUCAAUGUAGUCUUGUUCAAGUGUUUCUGGGCAGACACCACGUCGGGCAGAGGCAUACGACAAGACGAGUUGGGUCAUACCUGUGUCAAUUUUGCCAAUCCAAUUCACACCGGUGAACGAGAAGAUGAUGAGCCGUACAUCCUAGCAUCUGAGGCGCGUCUUGUGUUCUACGUGGAGGAUGAGGUAGACAACGGAUGGAGUGUAGUAGUCCAUGUGAUGCCAAGAGAUUUGUUUGACAUGGGCGAAGAUUAUGAACAUUGUGAGGUCGACUUUCACCCCCAGUUUUGUAUGACGAGCUUGCCUGAAUUUGAUGUCGAAGGCCUGCGGUUGACAAGAGAUGAGGUUUUAGAGGAAUCUACUCAUGGCAUGAAUGAGGAUUGUGAUGAGGCCGCUGAGUCAUAA